AUGAUUGAAUAUAGACAUACAAUUGAAUUAAUUAAAAAUCGUAUAAAACAACUUGAAAUAAAUCAAUAUAAUUUAUUUAAUUUUGAUAAACGUUCUCAAAAAUGGAAUGAUUAUAUACAAGCUCUUGAACUAAAUUUAGCAAUUAUACAAUUAUAUUUACACAGAAAUUAUCAAGGUUUAUUAGAAAUUGAUAUAAAUUUAACAAAUAUAAUUAAGGAUUUUAAUCAACGACAACAAGAAUUAAUAGAAUUAAUUAAUGAAGGUAAACAAUUAAUUGAAGAAAAUUUAAUUAUUGAUCAACAUACAUUUACUAAACUUGAACAACAAAAAGAAUCGAAUGAUUUACAAAGAUCACCUAAUGAAAUUAAUAUUUAUAUUAAACAAAGAUCUGAAACACUUAUUACGGUAUUAUUGGUUCGUUAUAAUGAACUUGAUCAUGCAUUGGAUGAUGUAAGUAUUUCAAUAAAAUCAAUUCGUACACUUCAACAACAACCAACAGAUGAACUUAAUCAAUUUAUUUUACAAUGUCAAAAUAAAGAUCGUGAACUUACACAAGAUCGACAUGAAUUAGAACGUUUACGACAAAGAAUAAGAGAAAUAUCUCCUGAACUACAUCCUGAUGAUAUAGAUCAAUUAAUGCAAAAAUUAAAUGUAUUUGAAAUUCAAUGGACUGAUGCUGAACGUAUUAUAAAAACAUUAAUUGAUAAUUUAACAAAAAAACGUUCAGAAUAUGAUGAUUUUGAAAAUAAAUCUAAACGUCUUAUUGAAUGGUUUGAACAUUUUCUUAAUACUGAAAUCAAUCAUCGUAUUGAUGGUUUAACACUUGAAGCAACAGCACGUCUUUUACAAACAGAUAUAACUGAUCAAUUACAAUUACAAACAUUAAAACAACAAAUUGAUCGAUUAGAACAACAGAAGAACAUGUUGAAAAACGUUCUUAAAAUGUUUGAUGAUUUUGAACAAGGUUUAGAAAAUCUUCGUUCAUGGAUGGAUACUAUUGAAACAAAUUUACAAAAAUCAUUAUCAAUAAAUACAUUAAAUUCAAAUCAAUUACGUGAUCAUCAACAAUCUAUUAUUCUAUGUUUAGAAAAUCUUCGUUCAUGGAUGGAUACUAUUGAAACAAAUUUACAAAAAUCAUUAUCAAUAAAUACAUUAAAUGAAAAUCAAUUACGUGAUCAUCAACAAUCUAUUAUUCUAUGUAACAAAAAAGACUCUACCGGGUGUGAUGAUCACCUUUGAAUUGAAAAGUCACCUAUAUCAUUUUCUAGAUCAGUUCGCAAUGCAUUCAAUCGUAUAUAGAA